CCCAGCCGCGCAUGCGCGGUAGAAAGCCUCGCGCUCCCUCGCUCUCUCAGCGGCCUCGUCCAUUCUGAGGGGAAAAUUAGAACGACGCGCCAUCUCGAAGGCGCCCGCUCGGGAAUAUUUUAAUUCUCGUUCUGCGUUCGUGAGAAAGAGGAGAAGCAGGCGGAAAGUGCGCAUGCGCAAAGCCUUGCCGAAGUCUCUACUUGGUUCCUUCCAUCCAGCAGGCGGAAAGUGCGCAUGCGCAAAGCCUUGCCGAAGUCUGUACUUGGUUUCUUCCAUCCAGCAGGCGGAAAGUGCGCAUGCGCAAAGCCUUGCCGAAGUCUCUACUUGGUUCCUUCCAUCCAGCAGGCGGAAAGGGCGCAUGCGCAAAGCCUUGCCGAAGUUGGGCUUGGAGAGUCGUGCUCGUCCAUCCGCCGGCCCGGCCCCUCGCCAUGGUCACGGAACAGGAGGUCGAGCAAAUCGGGCGGGCGCUGGCGGACCCCCGUCGUCCCUUGACGGACCGCUUCCGGGCGCUGUUCACCCUCCGCAAUUUGGGGGGCCCCACGGCCAUUGAGUGGAUCGGGAAGGCAUUCUCGGACGACUCGGCGCUCCUAAAACACGAGUUGGCCUAUUGCCUGGGGCAGAUGCAGGACGAGCGAGCCCUCCCCAUCCUCAUCGCCGUCCUCCAGGACCGCCGCCAAGAAGCCAUGGUCCGACACGAAGCCGGGGAGGCAUUGGGAGCUAUUGGGAACCCCAAAGUCCUGGACGUCUUAAAGGAAUAUUCCGACGAUCCCGUAAUUGAGGUGGCGGAGACGUGUCAGUUGGCGGUCAAGCGGCUGGAGUGGCUGGGGGGCCACGGCGGGGGGUCCAUGGGGGGUCCGUACCUCUCGGUGGACCCGGCGCCCCCGUCCGAGGAGGCCGACGUGGGGAAACUGAGGCAGGCGCUGCUGGACGAGUCGCGGCCGCUGUUCGAGCGCUACCGGGCCAUGUUCGCCCUCCGGAACCUGGGCGGAGAGGCCGCCAUCUUGGCCUUGGCCGAGGGGCUGUGUUGCGGGAGCGCGCUCUUCCGUCACGAGGUGGCCUACGUGCUGGGCCAGGCGGGUCACGAGGCGGCCGUCCCGCGGUUGUCGUGGUCGCUGGGCCGCCCGGGCGAGAGCCCCAUGGUGCGCCACGAGUGCGCAGAGGCCCUGGGCGCCAUCGCCAAGCCCUCCUGCCUGGACACGCUGCGCGAACACGCCUCCGACCCCGAGCGCGUGGUGCGAGAGAGCUGCCAGGUCGCCCUCGACAUGUACGAGCACGAAAACAACCCCAAGGAAUUCCAGUACGCCGACGGACUCGCCAAGCUCAAGACCACGGGAUGAGCACCCCUUCCGCCCCCCCCGUAUCCACGGCCCUAUAUCCGCGGUCUUCAUAUUCUCCCAGUGGUGGUGGGGUGACGGUAGUCAUUAAAAACAAAAACUAUUUUUUUUUGGCAGUAAAUAAAUAUUUCGUGAAAGGCACUUUGGUUGCUCAGUUGUUAGACUGAUACGCCAGAGUUGCCUCUUUUGAACCGUUAGGGGGAGAAAGGUAAUGCCAGUGCACACAAAAACCACACACACACACUUAUAUAUGUAUAUGUUUUGGUGACGGUAGCCAUUGAAAACAAAAACAAUUUUAUUUUUAUUUAUUUUUUGGAAAAUAAAUAUUUCGUGAAAGGCACUUGGGUUGCUCGGUUGUUAGACUGAUACGCCAGAGUUGCCUCUUUUGAACCGUUAGGGGGAGAAAGGUAACGCCAGUGCACAAAAACACACACACACACACAUAUGUAUGUAUAGGUAUAUGUGUGUGUGUUUAGGUUAUUCGGUUGUUAGACUGAUACUCCAGGUUGCCUCUUUUGAACCGUUAGGGGGAGAAAGAUAAUGCCAGUGCACAAAAAAAACACACACACGUAUACGUGUAUAUGUUUUGGUGACGGUAGCCAUUGAAAACAAUUUUUGCGGAAAAUAAAUAUUUUGUGAAAGGCACUUGGGCUGCUCGGUUGUUAGACUGAUACGCCAGAGUUGCCUCUUUUGAACCGUUAGGGGGAGAAAGAUAGUGCCAGUGCACAAAAAAAAAACAAAAAAUAAAAACACACACACGCAUAUAUUAUAAACACAAUAUAUAUAAUUAUAUUAUGAAUGUAAUAUAUAUUAAUAUUAUCAUAAUAUAUAUAAUAUAUAUUAUAUUAUCAUAUUAUAUUAUGAAUAAAAUAAUGUUAUGAAUAUAAUAUUAAUAUAACGUAAUAUUGUAUUAUUAAUACUAUACUAACAUAGUAGAAAUAUAGUUUUAAUAUGUAUGUGUGUGUGUGUGUGUGUGUGUGUUCUUUGUGCAAGGCACUUAGGUUACUCGGUUGUUAGACUGAUACGCCAGAGUUGCCUCUUUUGAACCGUUAGGGGGAGAAAGGUAAUGCCAGUGCACACAAAAACCACACACACACACGUAUAUAUGUAUAUGUUUUGGUGACGGUAGCCAUUGAAAACAAAAACAAUUUUAUUUUUAUUUAUUUUUUGGAAAAUAAAUAUUUCGUGAAAGGCA